AUGAGCGUGGUGCGGCUGGGCACUAACAGCAAGGCCGAAGAGACAAAGGAUUUGGAACAGCGCAUAGCACGCAUCUCCAAACUCACCGUGCGGCAGCGCAUCGCAUGGGACCGCAAGUACAGAGCCAUCUCGCCAUCUUUCCAAAUCAUUCAGCUUCACCAGAAAAUCAUCCUACCCCACCUCACUGGCCACCAACAACAGCUUAUACCGCGCAAUGAGCUGACCGUCAUCCCACCGGCCAUUCGCCACCUCUCCACGCUGGCCUAUCUCGACGUCUCAAACAACAGUCUCACAGAACUGCCGCACGAGCUGGGCGAGCUUCCGCUGCAGUUUUUGAACAUCUCCUACAACAAACUCACCUGGCUGCCGGCCUCCAUCAUGGAGAGACACCCCAACCUGAGUCUUGAGGCGAUGUGCAAUCCGUGGCAGCGCGAUGGCGAUCCCGUCGUGCGGGUCAAGCGCCCGCGCAUGUCCACCCUCUUCGAGCUGUGUUGUAACGCCCUGGCCGCCAACGAGCCCCUCUUCCACAGCGUCACCACUGCGCCGGACUAUGGGGCGCUGGUGCCGCUGCACAUCAGGGACUACCUGGUGGGCGCCAGCCCGUCGACCGGCAAUCCACCCCACGACGACGACGGCGAUGAUGGUGGCGACGGCGAUGCGGAAGUGGGCGCAGACGACGAGAAGACGGGAGGGCGUGGACGCAAGGCUUGCUCCCACUGCGGGAAGGUGUUCUAUGGGAAGGCACCCAUCGUGCGCGCCUACCCGCGCACCCUACGGACCGCCAGAUACGGCGAGAACGUGCGGCUCGUGGGAAUGUACUGUUCGCUCACCUGCGGCCGUGUGCGCAAUGUGAACGGCGCCAUCAUUCCCUUUGCCUAG